AUGUGGACCCCAUCUUGCCACGUGGGACCGUCUCACUGGCUGUUUCCGACAAACCCCACCGUCACCGACGACAACCACUCGUUCCCCGAAAGCGACGACACGCUUGCACACGUCGUCCCCACGUACGUGGCGGGCCCCGCACCCCAACGUGGCCACGUCGACCUCGUCUCAUUUACACGUGUCCAGACGCGCUUUACCUCCGCCACGUGUCUCCACAUACUCUGCGGGACCCACUCCAGCAAUUUCCUUUAUUUUAAAUUAAAAAAGGUUCGCGAACCAAUGAAAUCAAAUCUUCGCUUUUCGUACUUUUGGUCAUGCGUUAAUCAUAAGAAACCCACGCGCCGUCAUGGGGGUGACGCGCUGCCAGCUUUAGAGUUGGGGAGUGGAGAGCACGCGCUGGGGAGAGAAGAGGAAUGGAGUGAGGGAGUUUUCUGGGGGCGUAUUUUAUUGGUGGUGUUUCCCAAUUCAACAACCGAACCGAGGAAGGUUUCCUUGUAA